GCCUCGCUCAGGGCGGCGACCUGGCUCGCAGACCGUGUGCUGGAGAGCGCGGUGGUCUCAGAGGCGGGUUCCUGUGCGAUUGCCGUGCAGGUGUUCGGCGGCGUGCGCGUCGCGUUCGGGACCGUGCUGAUCGGAGGAGUGCCCGUGGGCGUGCUGAUCGGCGCCAAUGGCUGCUGCUGCGGCCUGGGCGAUCGGCGACCGCAUCGAGGUGCAGUGGCGUGCAGGCGGGAGCUGGCAGGAGCGGAGGAGAGAGGCGAGAUCCUGUAUAUGAUCACGCCCGACGGCGACAUGUAUCCCCACGUGCUGCACACCGACGUGAUCCAGGGCGCAGUGAGAGUCCUCCGAGGGCAGAGGGACCGCGCGUCAGUGGUUGGCACGGCCCCAGCCGCCAACGCGAGGUCGCACGACGCCGACUGGACACCCGAGCCACGGGAGUUCCUGGAGGCGGUGGCGGCCGCGUCGGCACGGUCCUUCGCCGGGGUGGAGACGACGCUGAGACGCCCAGCAACGCCCAAGGAGGCGGGCUUGGACUCGGAUUCAGCUCCGAUUCCGCCUGACUGGGAGAGCGUGUCCAACCUGCCCGAUCCAGACAGCAAGGGGUGGUAUAUCCUGGCGGGAAGUGACCAGAGCAGCUCGGCCAAGCUGCCUAGCCUGUCGGUGGACUUCGGUGUGAUCGGCGAGGGCCGUGGCUUCGUGAAGGUCGGCAACAACAGCUUUCUCGUGCAGUACGGGAGCCCAGAGACGGCCCUCGACGCGCGGGUGCUGGCGACCCACGAGAGCGCAGGGGACGGUCGUCACCUGGGGUUCCGCGAGGGCGUGAAGCAGCUCACGGAGACCGCCUGGCCGUCAUGGCCCCUGCUGGGGCCGAGGACCGCUGGUUGGGUGUGUCGCUUCAUUCGGGACCAGGAUGUAGCGCCUCGUUCCCGCCACGCUCGAUUCAAGGCAGAGGCGGGGCUGUCGUCUUCAGAUCCAGGGGUCGACUUUCACGAGUUCUGUCUGCGCCUGCUGCAGAUCGGCAUUCAGUUUGACCAGCUGAACGUGUCAGAGCUAGCGAUCUUCGAGCUGAUCUGCAGGAAGGCGCAGAUGAUUGAGUACAAGUACAGGGGCAGGUAUCUCCACCGCAUGGGGGCGGCGGGCGAUGAUCUGGCCGAGGAUGAGCACAUCUACCACGGCACGUCGGAGACCCGCGGUCUCAUGAUGAUCUCGCCCGCCCUCUCGAGCUACGUGGCAGAUGAGCUGCACAAGAAGGCGAGUGUCCUCAAGGAGGGACGCAAAGUACGAGAGGAGAGAUCGACAGCUCGGCGCGGCGGCGCAGGCGGCAGCGGAGGCCACGACAACUCAGCGGGCCUGCAGAGCCGCGCCGACAAGCUGGCGAGCGAGAAUAAGUUUUUGAAGGAGAAGUUGGCGGCCAUUGACCCGAAGGGGGAAGGCAAAUCAGGCAUCGAGCAAAUGAGUGCUAGAAUUCAGGCCCUGGAUGGGCCCCCUUGCACUGCGGCGGCGGCCCUCUCGGAGCUGUGCCGAAGUACACCGGGCUAUGACUGUCAGCCCGUGAAGUUCAUCGUGUACACCGAAGGUCGUGUGAGUCUCCCCAGCGACGCCGUGAAGUGCGACGCUUCCGAGCUGCUGGACGGUCACCCUCGCGAGUUGUGGCACGAUUGGCGUCAGCGACUGCUACGCGAUCCCGAACUGGUGCGUGACCCAGUCGUUCCGUACUUUGAUGAGAAGCUGCGGCGGUCUCCACGCCACUGCGCUCGCUCCUUGAGUGAAAUGCACAAGGCAGGUAUGAUUCGUUUUUCUUCCCCACGCCCUUCUACGGCGGGCUUGUUCUUUGUCGAGAAGUCGGGGGACCAGCUGAGGAUGAUCCUCGACACGAGGGCCGUCAACCAGGAGUUCAUCGACCUCGACACGACCGCGCUGCCGUCGGCUGGCGUCUGGCGGGGCCUGAAGAUCCCAGCCAGCCACAACCUCUCGCUGAGUCAGGUGGGCAUCGAGGCGGCCUUCUAUCGCAUCGGGGUGCCGCCUGGGCUGGACGAGAUGUUCGUGCUGCCCGCGGUGCCCGUGGACGCGUUGCUGGAGGCGCUGCCCGAGGUGGACAUCGGCUCUCGGCUGGGGGGCAAGGUCUCGCCCCUGCUCGCAGUCCUUCCCAUGGGCUGGAGUUGGAGCUUGUACUUCUGCCAAGCGCCGGUGGUCUCGCAGGUCGUUGCGGCUGGCAUCAGCGCGAGCCGCAUCAUUCAGGACAGGUGCGUGGUGCCCGACGUGAGCGAGACCGCGGGCGUCGCCGUGUACGUCGACGGCGUGGCCGCCAUCGGGUGCGACCCUGCGUCCGUGAGCGCGACGAUUGAGCAGGUCCACCAGCGUCUGGAGGCCAGCCAUCUGAAGUGCAAGGGGGUGCACUCGGACCCGUGGGAUCAGAAGUUCACGGGCUUGAACUUCGAUUUCGAGACGGGCCGCAUCUCCGUGAGCAAGGGCCGCGUCUGGAGGCUGCGCUUGGCGCUGCUGGAGGUCGCCGAGCGCGGCUACUGCAGCGGCGACGACAUGCUAUCGCCCCUCGGCCACUACACGUGGGCCGCCAUCUUGCGGCGCUGCUUGCUGAGCGUCCUCCACAGUGCCUAUCGCUUCGCUCGGGCUGCAGGGCCGCGGCGCUGGCGUCUUUGGCCCGAGGUGGCCACUGAGUGCCGCGUGGCAGCAGCUCUUAUCGCCUUUGCAUACCUGGACACCAAGCUGGAGGUGGACCCCGCGGUGCUAGCUACGGACGCCUCCACUGGCUCAGGAGACCUGGAGGCCACGGGGUUUGGAGGCUAUGCCGUGACGGAGAAGACCUGGACUCAGCACGACGUGUGGGCCGCGGCCUCUUGUAUGGAGCGUUGGCGGUACAAGUGCGAGGAGGCCAUCGAGGUGAAUUUCGAGGAGAUCGACCCGAGCUUCUUGCUGCCGCUGGACUCCUGGAAGCUGAAGGUGCUCGGGCGCUGGCGGCGCCCUGAGGACAUCAUGCGUCUAGAGGGCCGCGCGCUGAUCACGGGCGUGAGACAUCGGCUUCGGCGGGCAGGAGCUCUUGGUCAUAUCAUCCUGAGCUUAUGCGACAACCUGAGUUUGACACUUGCAUUGGACAAGGGAAGGUCUUCACAUUCUGUUUUAAAUCAGACGUGCAGAGAGUUGGCGGCCUUGAGCAUCUUGACAGGAUCCUCCGUAGCCGUGCGCUGGUUCCCAAGUGAGCUUAACUCGGCGGACAAGGGGAGCCGCGCCAUCGGGCGAUCGCUCAGCUCCCACGAAGGUGACUGCCGCCAUGCUGGCCAGCUCUGGGCCGACGAGGCGCGGGGCCUUGCUGCCUCGGCCCUCGCCCGCGCUUGCGGCGAGGCAGCCACCUGGCGGGGCGCGGGCGGCACGCGCUUCCUCGGCGAGGUUGAGGAGCGCGAGCAGCCCGGGCGGGACUUCGCCGCCGAGAGUGCCGCCCAGCCGACGGCCCGCCACGGCGACGCGCGGGGGGACGUCGAGCCUGGGCUCACCUUCUUGCAGACCAACAAGGUCAAGCCGCCCACGCGCACCGCCUUCCGAGAGCGGGUGCAGAGCUUCCUAGAGUGGGCCAACGAGGGGACUCUGGCGGAGAUCUCCACUCGGCGCCUCGACCAGCUGGCCGCCAACUACAUGGACGUCCUGUUCUUCGACGGGAUGGAGGUCCUGCAGUGCCUGCGACCCAGCUUGGGGACGGCUCGCCACGGCAACUUUCCUGUAGCUCGGGCAGCCGUGGCGGGGUUCCGCCGUCGCGUCCGAGGAGGGACUCGAGACCCUCUGCGCCGGCCUUGGGUGCUGGCAGUGGUCGGGGUCAGCCUGCUGCUGGAGGACCUGGAGUUCGCGACGGCGCUGUGGCUGGCCUGGGACGGCAUGCUGCGCUUGCCGUUCGACCUGGUGAGCAUGACGCCCAAGACCUUGAUCGGGCCUGGCAGGGCGGUGAAGCCCGCGUGGGCCCUUCUCCUCUACCCCGGCGAGGAGGAGGCGAGGAGCAAGGUCAUGGGCGCCGACGAGGGCGUGAUCUUGCGCGAGGCCUGCUGGAGCGGCGGCGGCGGCGCGGCCCUGCGGCGCCUCCGAAGGGCUCGGGGCCCCAGCUGCCAGCUCUGGUCGUUCGACGGGGCUUGGUUCACCAAGCGGUUCGAGGAGCGGCUGGCCGCGCUGCCCGAGGCGCCCGCGGCGGUCGCCUACCAGGUGCGCCACGGGGCCGCGAGUCACGCGGCGGCCGUGGACCAGCUCCCACUCAGCGGGAUCACCGAGCGGCUGCGGCACGGCAGCCCGCGCAGCAGCUUGCGCUACGCCAAGCACGUCCGCUACCUCUCCCUGCUGAACAGGGUGCCGCAGGCCGUGGUCGACUGGAGCGAGACGAUCCACGCGCGGCUGGGCAGCCUGCUCGGCGGGAGCGACGUCCUGCAGGCUCCCGCCUUGUUGCCGCAGAGUGUGCUCGGGGCCUUGCGCGCCAGCUGCGCCAAGGCCUCAAAUUCGG